AUGCGUGUGAGCUUUCUCGGCCCCUCAGGAUUCGACCAAGCUAUGACAUUCUAUUUCGCUCGCUUCCUUCUCCUCGCGGUAGUCCACGCAGAGCUUAUUCUGAGGUUGCCAAUCUCACUAGAUGUAUACGAGCCGGGUAGACCAGAUCUUUUUCUCAUCGCCGACAUCACCGUUGACGCUAUGAGUUUCCGACAAAUGGUUGAUACAGGCUCUCCUCUAACGUUCUUCAUUUGGCGCAAAUGGUACGAAAGUGUCGAGCCCGGUGGGUGUAAAACUAUUCCUUCCAAAUGUUAUGUGUGCCUUCCCGAGUGCACUCCUGGGCCAACAGAAGUCUUCUCCUUCCUCGACGGGACGGAAGUCACACUGUUUAAGCAUUCGGGAGCAUUCUUCUUUGGAGGGAAGGUGGUGCGGAACAUCGACUUCGGCCUGAUGGCGGAUUACAAUUUCGAGUUUACGCUCCCUCCGUCACUGAUUGGCCUCGGAUACCCUCAUAAAGAACCGGCACCUUACGAAGCACCUUACGAACCGCUGAUGAAGCAACUGUUGGACAAACCGAAGGCUCAGAGGCUCAUAGGGAAGAACAUGUUCUCUGUGUAUCUCGACUCUGCCGCCAAGCCCACCGGGGAGCUCCUCCUCGGCGGGCAAGAUCCUACAAAGUACGUUGGGCCGAUGGUAUUCGUCCCAAGUGCGAAGGAUCACUGGGCAGUGGCACUUAUUGGAAUGAAAGUGGGAGCCAACGCAGAGGUUAAGUUUGGGAAGCCUAUGUCUACUGUGAUCGACACUGGCGCCACCGGCAUUCUCAUGUCGGAAUCUUACAGGAAUAAACUUCUGAAAGAUCUCCAGUCUACUGCGACCAAGCCUGUCAAGUUCCAGCCUUAUAAUGAUGUGUUUGAGAUCAAUUGCGCUGAUCGCCAAAGUCUUCAGCCGUUGACACUGUUCAUGAGGGGUGCUGGUGGACAGAGUGUUCCCCUGGAGAUCCCUCAAGAGCACUAUAUCAGGCUCGAUGGUCGCCACUGCUUGUUAUUCUUCGGGCUGUCCGACAUCGACACCUGGUCCAUUGGCAACCUCGUCCUUCCUGGGCGAUACUUGCUCUUCGAUUACCAAGAGAAUAAGAUCGGUUUCGCUAAGACCAAGUAG